AUGUUUUUAUCAGCCAGCUUUCCCAGAGAGCAAGCCAACGUAGCGGACAGAACCGAAGAAACUCCCCCAGUCACCCAACAAGCUCAGACCAACCACAGCUCCAGAAACUACCCAACCAACCAGACCUUCAAUACCCUAAUUAACAACCUCCUCACCCUUAUACCGACGGAGAACAAGGACAAAGCUCAAAGCUUAGCCAAAGAGAUUCAGGAUGCCUACCGACAGGCUACUACAGCAGCAGCAACCUCUACCGGAAUCGACCAAACUCCCUCCUUGCUCAACCUCCGAAAAAUAGUCGCCAAGGAAGUAAGAGCAGCACUCCGCGAAACCCAACCAACGAGACUUACUCAACCUACUCGCACCUGGGCCGAUAUUGCAAAGGGAGUAACUACCCCAGCACCGAACCAACCAGCCAAAGUAAUUCCUGCCAGACUAAGCCGGGAGAUUCUGAUCAAAGGAAACGACAUACCAUCCGACCUGGCCAAGCGCAAUGCCCUCGAAGCCGUACAAGCCAUCAACCAAGCCUCCACUACGCUUUGCACGCCAAACACUCUAUUUUACAUCAUUCCUCCCAUUACCUCCGACAAUGACCUCCCCAAGUUGCUCAACACGCCAACGAAACAAGUCAAGCGUAUCAAGAAUCUAGUGUCAGAGCAUUUUGGAAGCGCCUCCACGCGCGUCGACAGGCCGCCAAUGCAGGGGAUGUUCAGCCGGACCUUCUUUGUAACGCUGACUGACAAACGCGAAGUGGUCAUCCAAUUCCGAACCGAGAAACUGGAUCUCGACGCCUUCAGGGUAGCCAAAGGCGCCCUGGGCCAAGUCGUCCCCGAUGCUGUGGCUCUCAAAGACGAAGAGCUGGAGAACGAGGGCGUCUGGGUUUACUCCCUCGAGCGUCUGCCGGGAAAGAUAUGGAUCCACGGCGUCGCCGGCAAGGGCGCUGAAGGCCGUAUUGCCGUCAACAGUCGCUCGGGCGCUGGCGAGGCUGUGUCAACCAAAAUCUGGCCGCAUCUUGAGGCCAUACUGGCCAGCCCAUUGGAUGAAGUCGCAGCAUACCGGCCCUUGCUACAAGGAUUUCUUGGCAAGCUGAACGAGAUUAGCAAGCUGCCGCUUUGGGUCUCGCACUACGACCUCAACGACGUCAACAUCCUGAUCGACGAAACUUGUGAAGUUACCGGCCUGAUCGACUGGGAGUUGUCGACGCCGAAACCCUUUGCUGUGGGUCUUGGCCGCAUUCACACCCUGGCUGGCGAAUAUACGGGGGGCGAGUUUUGGAUGCCGGACGAGUUCGAGGUUGCUGAGCGAGCCUUUUGGAAGGAGCUUUUUGCUGGGAUGCCCCAGAAGACUCGUGAGAUGUUGGAGAAGAAUAUCGGUCUCGUCCAGGAUGCCGUUAUUCUCGGCACGCUCUUAAACACCUUUUUCUGGGAGGAUGGAAAAGUAGGCUGCGGCGAGGUACCAAUGAAGGCCCUUCCUAAAUUCCUUACCUAUCGGAUUCCCCAGAUAAGGAGGGAUGAGCCUCCGUAUAAGGAGUAG